GAUAUUUGAAAACGGAGUCGUGUGGUGAACGCCUGCGUGUCCCUUUUAAAACAAAUCCAGGGACUGUCAAUCAUCGCGCGUUCCGACCAAUCCCAAAGCACCGUUUUUUAAAUGCUGGUUUGCCUGCUGUGCUUUUAUAUUGCAGUAUGGCCUGGUUCGGAGCAUUUUACUACCACGGUUAUUGCCACAAAUCAAGAGGGAAAAGUGAACGGCAUGGGACUCACACCAAUCUUAACGAACCUGGGUCCGAUUCCUGCGUCUGAGAGGUUUACAGGCAAUAACUGCACAUGCAGAUGAUACAGCGGGGGAAAUGGGGACGAGUUUUGUAGGUAAAUCGUAAACGUUAAAGGUUGGUUGAUUUGACCAGCCCUCAGCCAAGCUUGCAACAAAACAUGACAAGCCUGUCGCGGUUUAGUGGCUGCCCUCUUUCUUGCGUCAACCCUGGGGAGAGAAAUACUGAACCCAGCAUGGUGCUGCCACCUUUGGCAGAGGAGCACACGGGGCACCCCACUGGCAGUUCCUUAAAACUCUGCCCCUCGCAAAAUUUGCGAGACUACCACGAGACGAGGGCCAGUGCAUAUGUUGACCACUCGGUUACCCAUUUUCCAGACACUGGAUACACCAGUCAUCGCUUAGAACCCAGUCCUAGGGGCAUUAUCAUUGGGACAAAUCUGUCAGCAGCAGGCAUGCCACCAGUAACUGAUCAGCUGGCUCCAAGACCUAACCAGCAUGGCAAUAUUGGAAGGUACCGUGACCUCCACAGCUAUAGGGAUGGCAGGGGCCACGUGUUCUUCAACACGUAUCAAGAGCAGGCCCAUGGCUCGUCAGACGCAACCAGAGAUCUCAGCAGCCAAAUGAUGUUGGGUCUUCCAGGAGAUCUUCUCUCACGAACGCACCCGUAUGGGCAGUCGGUCAAUGGCCCCAGGGCCAACAGCCAGCAGCUAGUCACCCAGUUCUUGGAGUUCUAUAAGCCUCUGAAUAUGGCCAUGCAGCGAGGAGGGGGUGACGCCUUCCUCAGGUGCUCCAGGCAGAACCCAAAGCACGAGCUGGUGUGCAAGUGGAGUGACGGCCAAGAAGGCACUGGCAAGCCGCCCUGCGCCAGGAGUUUUGGGACCAUGUAUGAACUCGUCACCCAUGUGACGGUUGAGCAUGUCGGAGGACCGGAGCACUCCGACUACGUUUGUCACUGGGAGAACUGCUCAAGAGACAGAAAGCCUUUCAAAGCCAAAUACAAGCUCGCCAACCACGUAAGAGUGCACACUGGAGAAAAGCCCUUUCCCUGCCCUUUUCAUGGAUGUGAAAAAGUUUUUGCCAGAUCCGAGAACCUGAAGAUACACAAGAGAACGCAUACAGGUUAG